GGCUAAUAAAGACCAUGCAUAUGCAGUAAUGCAGUCAAGCAGUAAUGAACAUUUAAUCUGUUAGUGCUGACAGUAAAACUAAUAUUAUUACAACACCAUAAUUAUAAUUAUGCAAGUACACGUCAUAAUUAUAUGGUUGUAUCACUACUAUCUGUCCCUGAAACAACUGUACACAAUGUGGGUAUUAGAAUGUACAAACUGAUUGAACUCUGUGGCUGUAUUGGUACUAUUGUAAAGCGAUAAAGAUCAGCAUGUCCGGUAUAGACUUUCAGUCUAUUGGCGCUCACAAUAAUAAUGUACACAAAAACAGCCUAGCUUACAGUGAUUUUGCUUUUUAAUUUUCGAUGCUGAAUUAUCUCGGAGUCUAUUUGAGUAACUCGUGUGUCUCGGAGUGAAUCCAAUUCGAUUGAUCAUUAAUUUAGUAAAACAUUACAGUUAUUAAACCAAUUACAUCAUUAUGUUGCAUCUGUAAGGGCACAUGAAACCCACUAGCUGGUAACAGGCUUUCAAGAUGGCUAAGGUACUUAGAUGGCUUUUCAACGUAUUCUUAGCUACUAUAUAUAAUUUUUAUGCAUGCCUGAUUUUAACAUGUUCUAUAGGGCUUACUAGUAGCAUGGGUUUUACUACUUUGAGAACAUUACAACUUCACAAUAAUUUUGAAGGCCAUGCAUCAAGUUCAGUGUGUUCCAAUUACCUGAGAUUAAUGACAUCACUAGGGAAGCACUUGCAAAAUAAAAUACCUCAUAUUUUCCAUCACAUUUUCAGUACACAACAAGCUUGUUGUCACAUUCAUGCAUAUAUAUACGUGCAUGUCACUGCUAUAGGCAGCCUACUGAGCCUGAGUGCAUGGUGCCUAUAUCGUGCUUGGAGCCAAGCAAGUGAUCCUGGUGGGAGAUCACUGUCAGCUCGGACCCGUCAUCAUGUGCAAGAAAGCAGCCAAGUUAUUUUAUAGAUACAAUGUUGUUAUGCGGCACAAUUACUGUACUGUACAUAAUAGUGUGUUAUACAGUGUACAUGUACAGUGUUUCGCCCUCAUGCAUACUAGCCUCGAUCCCAGGCCGCUCUUCUGAAGGAGGCUACAUGCAUACAAGCUCACAGUCCUGGUGCAUGCAUCCCCCAAAUCUGAUCAUUGUGGCUUUCUAAAGCCAUCCAUGUGUACUCAUUCCCUGCAGAUAACCUCAACUAGAUAACCUCAACUAGGUCGCCAGAAAAAGACCUUAUUAAUGCGCGCGGGGUAUAAGUGCUCUCCUGAGCGUCUUGUUUACUUAUAGAGCUAUAUCGGCACAUAAAACCUGUUUUUGUCACCAUAUGAGGAUUGCCUACAAGUUUCAAGCAUAAAAAUUAUAGGUAGCGUAUUAUUUUUCAACCACUCAUGUUAUAUCAGCAGUUAAAGCACUCCAAUGAAAGUGCAUGCAUGUCUAUAGUUCGCUCAAUUAACAACUUAUCUCUUUGUCCUAAUUGCACACACAGCCACAAACGGACAGACACUCUAAUCAUUCUACAGCUGCUUCACAUGAGCGCACACACGGUGUAAUAAGAUUGCUGUGUUGAAAUCAAUUAUGGUUUUCUAGUGAUGGGCAAAGAGAACAAGAUGGUUGGUGCUUUUAUUGAAGUGGGGCUUGGCAAAAUAGAUGGUUACUAUCCUCGAGGGCAUAAUGAAAUAAAGCCUCGAUUUCGCUACUUCAUUCUUAGGAGCCGCGAUUAUACUUUGGACAUGGAGCUUCUAUACAUGUACACUGUCAUGUAUUCGGUGGGGGGCUCCCCCCAAGUUCUGGUGGAUGGUCUCUUCUCUCACGACCAGGCGGUGCGGCUAGAGUGCACCAGGAAGAUUAAGAACAGCAUCAUUGGUAACAAAAAGAGGAAGAAUGCUUUCAUGAUGUUGGGGGUCAUACCAAGGCUUGUUGGUCUGCUUGAAGACGACACAUCGACUGUAGAGCUAGUGCAUGAGGUGGUGGUCACUCUAGGGAGCUUCUCUCAUGGAUUAGCCAACAACGUAUCUGUCAUCCUCUCCACACAAGCACUGCCCCUGCUCAUUAACGGACUAAGUCACUCUAACUCAAGUAUAGUGAGUGCGUGUAUCCGUACAUUACGGACUCUGUAUGGCUCUGGUCUCGCCCCACCCUCCCCUCUGUUUGAUGAUGUCACUGUUGCUAAGAAACUCAUAUCCUUGCUCUCAGAAGUACCUGCAGUGUCACAGUCUACAGCAAUGAUUAUUUCUAAAGCCUGCCAGUGUCCCGACCAUCAGAACCUUCUGUGCUCACUGGGGGCCAUCACCUCUCUCGCACACUGUCUCUUGUCAGGAGCAGAAAAAAGUGUUCAGUGCUGUCUGAGCUGUCUCUCUGCACUAGUCUACGAGAACAAGCACUCGUCACAGCUGGUCGCCACAUAUUGUUGUGAUGGACAGCCACUAGUAUCGGCAAUAUCAACUGUACUAACCUGUAACCACGGCAACGAAACAAAACUGGCAGCAGCUCAAUGUCUGACAAAUCUGUGUCUUGCUGGGUCCUUGCUCCCGGACAGCCCCACGAUCACUCUGAGGGCACUACCAGGCCUUAUCCGAUUGUGCAAGAAGGAGUUCCCCCUCUCUCUCAGGACACCAGCUAUUAGCGCUCUUGCCUAUCUGACGGCCCCCCACCCUGCCCUCCAAGAGCUCUGUGCUGAGUCCGACCGACUCAUUCCCACCCUCGUGGACUACCUUACCCAGUCACCUGACCCAGAGGACGAAAUGGUCACUGAGGAUCACCUGGUUCAGUUUGAGUGUCUGUGUGGGGCGGUGUUCCAGGCUCUGAGCAGUCUGGCCUCGUCCAGGGAAGAGAUACGACUCAAGGUCGCCUCACAACACGGUUGUAUUCGAUUGGUCACUCAAGCGCUGAGGGAGGGUCCCUCUCACGUCAGAGUGGCCGCGGGAAAAUGUCUCCAUAGCCUCACUCGUUCCACAAAGCUCUUGCGGACCACUUUGAGUGAUUGUGAGAUGUGGCAGCCUUGUCUGGAAGUGCUCUGUCUGGCAGAAGAGGAGCUGCUGGUCAUGGCCACUGGUGUCAUGUGCAACCUACUCCUGGCAUUCUCUCCCAGCAGAGAGAAACUGGUGGAGGGAGGCAUCAUUGAGAGACUCUCUGUUCUCUCCUUCCAUGAAAACUCCACCAUACAACUCAACGCAGUAUGGGCUCUCAUGAGUGCCACCUACGACUGUAAUAAAGAGGUCAGAGUUCGAGUCACUAAGUCCUUUGGAUACCAGAGAAUAUUCCAGCUAUGUUCUCCUCGCCUGGACACCAAACUAACAAUGAAGGCUCUCGGAAUAUUGAUCAACAUUAUUCAUGAUUCUGACGAUGCUGAAAGUGCAGUGUUUAACCAUGGAAGUGGUCUUUUGGCUGCCAUGGUAACGUUACUGACUGAUAAUCCGUCCAAUGAGAUUCGAGAGCAGGUGUUAUGUGUGCUAGUCAAUGUGUGUAACUUGUCAGUGAAAGGUCGUGACCUCCUGACUGGCUCUGAAGAUAUCAUGAGGUGCAUCAGUGGAUUAUUGCAUCAUAAUGAAUCCAACUCAGUUCUGUUGGCUGCAUGCCGGGUCGUUAAGAACUUAGCCAACUCAACAUUGCCAGACCACGUCCACCGCCAGAACUGCCUAGAGGAGUAUGGAGUAAAGAUUGCUCUGCAGAAACUAGAGAGAAGUGAUAAGCUUCAAACACAAGUGAAGGAAGUCCUUGAACACUUCAUGUCCCAUAGUUUGUGAUGAAUGAUCAACCCUCUUUUACCAUUGUACUCCUGUGCAACUCUCUGAAUGGCCAAUUUCAUUCACACACACAGCUUUUAAUUUGUACUUGUGUCAAUAAUAAUUAUUGAUGAAUCUCAUUAAAUAUUAAGAAUUUCUCUCA